AUGAGCUCUGAAAACCCCGAGGAAACAACAAUCGGCAUUGCCGCUCUGGUAGCGGCCGUUGCGGCCCUCCUCUUCGCCGUCGUUCAGACCAUUGCUGCGCUCGCCCAGCUUUUGGUUCCACCUUUCCUCUCGCUGUCAUGGAAUCCGCAAUAUCGAAUGCCGGUGCUCACCAUGCCGGGGUUGCGGUCAGAGCCAGUGGUAACCAUGGAGAGAGACCCCUCCAACGCCGAGUUCAGGCCUGGGAAGAACUACGACAAGAAGAGAAACGGAUAUCUCGACUAUGGCGUCCUGCGCGUGGUAGCGGGGAGUGAUGCGUCCAAGGUUCACAGGGAAGUCAGCAUGUUACCGACAGUUCUUCGGGGUUCUUUUGCUGCCCACCGGCGUUUGCGUGCGGUUGUGCGUGCACAGGGUGCUGUGGGAUGGGUCGGCCUGAGGAGGAAGAGGAAGAACAAGAUAAACGAGACAGAUUUGACUGGUGCCGUCGGAAAAGGUCACGGGAGAUAUGCCUCGACUUACUGA